UCUUUUUUAUUCGUUCGUUCUUCGUUCGUUGGGGCAACGGAAGCGAACGAUCUCAGAGCAACACAACACACAAACAUGGCCGCAUUCUGUGUGUAAUGAUUGUAUUAUCAGCAUCAGCACGUUUUCGGCUGCUUACGUGUUCGCCGAGCUGCCACUGUGAGUUAGCCGAGUCGGUGUGAUUUUGACUAGCAAUGGGCUUCGAAAGUAUGAGAGGAACACACGGUCGGUGUCCUCCACUGCUGGUCGGCGGCCUCCUAGUUGUCACCUUCGUGCUCACCUGCAACUGGUGGUCCUCCUCAACGCAGAGCAUUGAACUCUUGAAGCAACUCGAUGAACUCGCCGAACAGCUCAGACGAUGCAACGAAGAGAGGGAUCAGAGUAUCCAGCUACGUCUGUCCGUUGAAGGACGGCUAAAAAGUACGGAGGAGGAGUUGGCACAGCUCAGGGUGCGGUUAGAGCAGCAGGAUGUGAAUGCUGACGACACAAGGAAAAGUCUUCAGGAGAAAGAUGUCGAAAUCAAGACGUUGCAAAACGACGCCGAAGGUGCGAAGAGUGCUGCAAAGCUUUGCAAAACGGAGCUGGAGUCUUUAAAGAAAGUGAGCCAAUCUCAAGAGGAAGUGAUCAAAAGCUUGAAGAUUGAGAAAGAUGAAAUGCUGAAGCAGAAAGAAGAACGGAGGAAGGAUGUGGAAAAGCUCAAGACUGAGUUAGAUAAGGUCACUGCUGAUCUUAACAAUUUGAAGGCCAGUCAGCCAGCCGGAGUUGCUGCUAAUGCAGGGGGCCCUAAUUUAGCAGCGUUUUACCGUUCGCAAAUUCGGGGUUACGAUAAUCGCGUUUCAAACGUCGAGAUUGUCGAUCGCGGUUUGACGGGCAUGAAACCUCAAAUGGCCCCGAUCAUGCCCAGCGACCCUCCCAAUGCCUACCGUCCACCACCCCGGUUUAGUGUAACCCAACUCCAUUCCACACAAGCUAAAGCUCCUCCAAGUGGCACAAACACAAAAACUAAAGCUGCAGAUCUAAAUGCUGAUGAGAAAGACGAAGACAAUGCCAAAGAAAGAGAAGACCCCAUAAAUAACAAUGAGGCUGUGGACACUGCGGACGACGAACGAUUUGACAACAAGAACGCCAACGAGGAAGCUGACAACAACAACCUUCCAGACGAGAACCCAGUCGAAGACAGCGUGGAUCAAAUGGCUCAAGCCAUUCAACAAGAAAACAACAACGGUGGAAUUGGUGCCAUUCCUGCUCCUGCAAAAUCUUAAAAAAAGACAUUUGAGUUUUGUUGACAAUUUGCUUUUAAAUUAGCUAUACCAACUUGAUCAUUUCUAUUACUCAAAAGUUUUAAAUGACUAGAAAAUACGUGUUUAUGGUUGCCAUCUCUCUAUUAUGACACAUUCUGUGUAAUGUGCUUGUUGAAUGUAAAUCCACGCGUUUUUGACUCGGUGUGUGAUGUUGUGCUAUUCAAAUUUUAAGGUUUAAGAAGUAAAGAUUAAGAUGAUGCCUGUGAAGUGACUGCAUUGAUCUGCUCGUGUUUGGAGUGCAAAGUGCAAGCACUGCUUUUUCUGAUAUUUACACUUAAGGUUCGUUUCUACAUGUAAAGUUCAAAGUUAAGUGUUACAAUUUUUUUAUGGAUGGCUGCUUGGUAUGAAGGAAACCAAUUUUUUUACAAAAAGAAUUUAUAUAAAUUAUUUUGGCAGUGUUAUUCCACUUGAAAUAAGUAUUAAAUAUAAUUUAUUGCAAUAAAAUUUAUUUAAAUUGCUGUAAAAAUCAA